AUGACCAACUCCUGCUGCUCCCCUUGCUGCCAGCCUUCCUGCUGCAGGACCACCUGCUGCAGAACCACAUGCUGGAGACCAAGCUGUGUGAGCAGCUGCUGCCAGCCCUGCUGCUGUGAGCCCUGCUGCUGCCAGCCCUGCUGUGAAACCACCUGCUGCAAGUCCACCUGCUGGAAACCAACCUGUGUGACCAGCUGUUGCUGUCCACCCUGCUGCCAGCCCAGCUGCUGUAAAACCACCUGCUGUAAGCCAACCUGUGUGAACACCUGUUGCUGCACACCCUCUUGCUGCCAGCCUUCCUGCUGCACUACUGUCUGCUGUAAACCAGUGUGUGUGACCAGUUGCUGCUGUCCACCCUGCUGCCAGCCCAGCUGCUGUGAAACUACCUGCUGCAAGACUACCUGCUGUAAGCCAACCUGUGUGACCAGCUGCUGCUGUCCACCCUGCUGCCAGCCCAGCUGCUGUGAAACCACCUGCUGCAAGACCACCUGCUGUAAGCCAACCUGUGUGACCAGCUGCUGCCAGCUCUGCUACAAGCCCAGCUGCUGUAAAACCACCUGCUGCAAGACCACCUGCUGUAAGCCAACCUGUGUGACCAGCUGCUGCUGUCCACCUUGCUGCCAGCCCAGCUGCUGUGAAACCACCUGCUGCAAGACCACCUGCUGUAAGCCAACCUGUGAGACCAGCUGCUGUCAGCCCUGCUGCAAGCCAAACUGCUGUAAAACCACCUGUUGCAAGACCACCUGCUGGAAACCAAUCUGUGUGAACACCUGUUGCUGUACACCCUGCUGCCAACCCAGCUGUUGUGAAAUCUGCUACUGCCUGCCCUGCUGCUGUGAGUCCUGCUGCUGCCAGCCCUGCUGCUGCCAGCCCUGCUACUGUGAGCCCUGCUGCUGCCCAACCUGCUCUGAAACCACCUGCUGCUAGACCACCUGAUGUAAACCAAUGCUUGAGACCACCUGGGGACUCUAG